AUGACAGAGUUUUUGGAUUUGGAAACCCAAGACGCCGUGCGAAUGCCAUGGAACGUACUCCCCGGUACAAAACAUGAGGCCGCUCAAUGCAUCAUCCCCAUUUCCGCCAUCUACACGCCGCUGAAACCAUUACCCAAAACCACUCCUCUCCUCCCUUACUCCCCUCUACGUUGCCGGAAUUGCCGAUCUGUCCUCAACCCAUUCUCAAUCGUCGAUUUCUCCACCAAAAUAUGGAUCUGCUCCUUCUGCCUCCACCGCAACCACUUCCCCCACCACUACCAAUCAAUCACCGAGGACAAUCUCCCAGCCGAACUCUUCCCUCAGUACACCACAAUCGAAUACGAACUCCAGAAUGAAAAACCCUCUCCCCCGGUUACCUCUCAGGUGUUUUUAUUUGUGGUGGAUACUUGUAUCAUCGAGGAGGAAAUUGGGUUCCUGAGAUCGGGGCUUUCACGGGCGAUUGGGCAGAUUCCGGGUAAUUCACUUGUGGGUUUGAUUACUUUCGGAAGGUAUGUUUGUGUUCAUGAGUUGGGAUUUUUUGGGAAAAUCCCUAAGGUUUAUGUGUUUAAUGGAAGUAAGGAGAUCAGUAAAGAUCAGGUUUUAGAGCAGAUGGGUUUCUUUCAGAAGAAAGCAAGACCAGCUACAGUCGGUGGUCCUGGAACUAGAGAUGGACAUUUGCAGGAUAAUGUUUCAAGGUUCUUAUUACCAGCUUCAGAGUGCGAAUUUGCUAUCAAUUCGGUAUUGGAUGAGCUUCAGAAAGAUUCAUGGCCAGUUCCUGGAGAUCAAAGGGCAGCAAGAUGCACUGGAACUGCAUUGACUGUGGCUGCUCAUCUACUGGGAGCUUGUGUUCCUGUUUGUGGUGCUAGAAUUAUGGCCUUUUUGGGUGGGCCCUCAUCCGAAGGGCCUGGAUGUAUAGUUUCAAAAAGUUUGUCUGAACCUAUUCGAUCUCACAAGGAUCUAGAUAAAGAUUCUGCUCCUUUCUAUCAUAAAGCAGUGAAGUUAUAUGAAGGACUCUCAAAGCAACUCGUGCAUCAAGGUCAUGUACUUGAUGUCUUUGCUUGUGCUCUUGAUCAGGUAGGGGUAGCUGAGCUUAAAAUUGCAGUUGAAAGAACUGGAGGACUUGUUGUGUUAGCAGAAAGCUUUGGGCAUUCGGUUUUUAAAGAUUCUUUAGUUCGUGUUUUUCAGUCUACAGAUAAUGAUCUUGGUCUAUCCUCAAAUGGUAUGUUUGAGAUAACUUGCUCAAAGGAUGUAAAAAUUCAGGGUGUUCUUGGUCCAUGCGCAUCACUUGAAAAGAAAGGACCUUUAUGUGCUGACACCACAAUAGGUCAAGGGGGUACUACUGCUUGGAAGAUGUGUGGACUUGAUAAAUCGACUUCUUUAUGUUUGAUAUUUGAUAUUACAAAGAAGGAGAUCCCAGAUGUUGCUGGUCAAGCAGUCAACAAUCAGUUUUAUUUCCAGUUUUUGACAUAUUAUCAAAAUAGCAACGGACAAAUGAGGCUUCGAGCUACAACCCUAUCUAGAAGAUGGGUCACUGGGCAAGGAAGCAUACAGGAUUUGACUGCGGGAUUUGACCAAGAAGCAGCUGUGGUAGUAAUGGCGCGCCAAGUUUCUUUCAAGAUGGAAACCGAGGCGGAAUUUGAUCCUAUAAGGUGGCUUGAUAAAUCACUGAUACAUCUCUGCUCUCACUUUGGAGACUAUCAAAAAGACAACCCGUCAUCAUUCGUUUUAUCGCCACGCUUAUCGAUAAUUCCUCAGUUUAUAUUCAAUUUGCGACGCUCUCAAUUCGUACAGGUCUUCAACAACAGCCCGGAUGAGACCGCGUACUUUAGGAUGGUUAUGAAUCGAGAAGAUGUUGCGAAUUCAGUUGUGAUGAUUCAACCUUCGUUAAUCACUUACGCUUUCAAUUGCGGAGCAGAACCAGCUCUCUUAGACGUCGCAUCCAUCGCUCCUGACAGAAUCCUUCUUUUAGAUUCCUAUUUUACUGUCGUUGUAUUUCAUGGAUCUACGAUUGCUCAAUGGCGCAAAGCUGGGUAUCAGAACGAGCCUGAACACGAGGCAUUUGCCCAGUUGUUACGAGCUCCUAUUAGUGACGCUGAGGCUAUUGUAAAGGAACGAUUUCCAGUACCUCGUUUAGUCAUAUGUGAUCAGCAUGGAUCCCAGGCUCGAUUUUUGCUAGCAAAACUAAAUCCUUCAACUACAUACCAUUCAGAUGCUCCUUUAGUACCUGGUGGGGAUAUUCUUUUCACUGAUGAUGUCAGCUUUGAAGUCUUUUUGGAUCAUCUUCAGCGAUUGGCAGUUCAAUAAAAAGUUCUUCAGAUUUUAGAACAGUAUACAACUAGAUCUCCAGUUUUGUAAGAUUAUGCAUUUAACUAUAUUGUGAUAUACUUAUAUCACAAUUUUAUCUAAAUAGAAAAAGGGUUCUUA